GCCACUGGUCCCUUAGAUCUUUGCAGCUUUGGAAGAGAGGUGGCAAGCCUGGAGAGGAGACUUCUGGAGCGGGCCAGGCUAGGGGGUUGGAGAUGCCCACAUCCUGGAUGUGGCCCGAGUCAGGCCUGGCCAGGGAAUGCCUGCCUUGUGCGCCGACCAACAUGCCAUCCCCGGCCCUGAUUGGCAGCCUAGUUUAUCAUCUCCUUACUGCCCCAAGCCUGGCCAGGCCCUUAGCUCCCCAGGGAGGAAUCAGACCCAUGCUCUGCAGGAAUAAUAACUAAUGCUUAGAUAAUGCUUCCUGUGUUCUAAGCACCUACGGCUUGUUAGCUCAGUCCUCACAACCACCCCACAAGCUGGGUAGCAGUCUUGCGCUCAAUUUACAGAUGUUUCCAAGGUCACACGGAUGUAGUGUGUGAGGCCAGGACCUGAGGCCCUGGACACCAGAACCUGCCUCACAGAGUGGUCGUCCCGAUGUAAUAACAGACAUGCAGACCAAUGUGACAAGAUGGUGUGCGCAGGCAGGUUCCCCAGCUGCCCCAAUGCCCAACUUCCCAGGUUUACAAAAUUUAGUUCCUGAUUUGUUUGCAAAUGGGCAUUUCUCUACAAAAGUUGCUUCAGAAAUUCCCAGCCCAAACUCAGAGGCCUUGGCAUUCUAGCUGAUGAGCCAAGGCUGCAGAGAACAGGAAGUGAAGGCCUUGUGGGAAGUCCCUGUGGUCAGGGGUCCCCAGGAAAGGGCAUCCUGCCCGCCUCUGGCUCUCUGCACCUCCCAGCCAACUUCAGGCCCUGUGCGCUGAGUGGAGGGACCCUGGGAACGAGCCCAGACCCCAGAGACAAGGUUAGGGGAAAGCGAAGCCCUCCACUAGACCCCUCUUGAGACCCCUUCUGCAAGUAAGCAUGGUCUUUCCUUCUCCAGCAGAAGAGACAGGUGCUAUUGAAGGUGGCCAGGAGGCUGGCCUGCUCCUUCACUCUCCCCUUCCCCUGUGCCCUAAGGCCCUGUCUAGAGCAAAGCCCUGUUUCAAUGCACACAACUUGUAAAGCAUUUUAUAGUCUGCAUGCCAUUUCUUCCUCCAGCCUGCCCCUACUCUAAGGGACACUUCCAAAGUCAUACAGCUGGUUAGUUGCAGGCCUGGGGACAAGACCUGGGACUUCUAGCUUGCCAAGGGAGCCCUUGCCCCUGCUCUUCAUGCAUCAACCCAGAUGGUCUUAAGGAUUCCUGAGUUGUCUCCUCCCUGAUGGCGGGAUCCAGGGGCAUGAAGCUAGAGAGUAAGUUCAGAACGGCAAAGAGGAGAAAGUUUAGGACAUAGGGUCUUGGAGAAAAGCUGGGGAGAAUAUUAGGCCUUGCAGACAGUGUCAUUGCCAACAGCUGGGGUGGGGAGCCUGAGGGUAACUGGAAGAAGGGAUGGAUACCCUCCUGCUCCAUAAGCCACAUCCCAACUGUAUGAGCCUCCACACGGUCCCCAAAUAAACCAAGAAGAUCCCCACCCAAGGGCCUUUGCGCUUGCUGCCCCCUCCCCCGGGACACUCUUCCACUUCUUUGACGUCACUCGGGUCUUAGCUCACAAGUCACCUUCUCAGAUCGGCCUUCCCUGCCACUUCACAUAAAACAUGCACCCACCCCUAGGUCCCUCAAAAACAGAUCAUGCUUUUGAUUUCCCCUGGAGCACAUACUGUCAUACUAAGUUAGUUUAUUUGUUUACCAGUUUCUUGUCUGCCUUCCACCAUUAGAUUAUCAGGGACCUUAUCUGGCGUUCCCCCAAAGCCUGGAAGAGUGCCUGGUACACAGGAUUAAGUCAACCCAUAUUGUCAGGAUGAAUAAGCACACGCAUACAUGAACCGGCGGCAGUCAGGGUGAGCAUAAAGUGGGGUGGGCACAGAGGUCCAGCCUCACUAAGCCAGCUCAGUUCCUCAUGCAAGACCUCUGGCUUUGCAGAGAUAAGAACCUGCUGGGCUUCUGUUAGGCUGACUCACCCUUUUGGAAGCUGGGCCUGGCGAGCCCUGCAUGCGUGUGUGCAAGGCAGGCUCUGGCCCUUCCUCUUCCUCUCCGCAGGUAAUCAGGAAGCAAGGAGCAGCUCCACCCUGGGAGGUGCUGGUAGCACAAGUUCUGCCCGGUGCUUCUCCUCUCUGCGCAGCAGCUUGGUCUGGAGCCAGAGGCUGGAAGACCUCAGAAGACCGCGGAAUCUACCAGGCCCUUUCCAGGGCUGCAGAGACAGCCUGCCAUCCCUUGGGGAAGAGACCUUGCAAGAUGCAAGCCUUCAGAAUCUGGGAUAUUAACCAGAAGACCUUCUACCUGAGGAAUAACCAACUCAUCGCUGGAUACUUGCAAGGAUCAAAUACUAAAUUGGAAGAGAAGUUAGACGUGGUGCCCAUUGAGCCUCAUGCCGUGUUCCUGGGGAUCCAUGGGGCGAAGCUGUGCCUGGCCUGCGUCAAGUCCGGUGAUGAGACCAAGCUCCAGCUGGAGGCAGUUAACAUCACUGACCUGAGUAAGCACAAGGAUCAAGACAAGCGCUUCACCUUCAUCCUCUCGGAUAGCGGGCCCACCACCAGCUUCGAGUCCGCCGCCUGCCCCGGCUGGUUCCUCUGCACAGCACUCGAGGCCGACCGGCCCGUCAGCCUCACCAACACGCCCCAAGAGGCCAUGACGGUCACCAAGUUCUACUUCCAGAAGGACUAGUGGUGGGUCCAUGCCGCACGUCCCCCAUGCCCAGCACACCGAUGACCCCAGAGACGCCUCUCCACCCUGCCCGGGGUGUCGUGGGGCUCAGAGGAGCAGCCUUGGUGGGGUAGACCUCGGAAGGAUGGCCGAGAGCCCCGGUAACAGGACUCUGUCACCAGCCUCCUCAGCUAAGCAACCUCGACGCUGCCUCCACGGUGGUCUUUCUAUCGUGCAGCUCAAGCCACCACACUGCCCCAGGCCUUUCAGCGCUGCCCGUGCCUUCUGGAUGAAAGGCAGGCCGCUCGGCCCGCCUGGGCCCCCUCUACUCUCCUCUCCCUGACUCCUCAGCCUCCUCCCUCGCCCCGUGGCCACGUCCCAGAUCCCUCACGCCCCUCGCUGGCCUCCCAAACCUUGUUUUGCCAACUGAUGCCGUUCUGUGGGGAAAACUUUUAGAGUCUGUGCCACAAUGGAAGAGAAGGAUUUCCUUUCUCUUUUAAGCCAGCUUCAUCCAAUUUGAAGGCGAGUCCUUUCUUUAGAGACUGUGUCCUUUCUGGAAAGGCGGCGAGGGAGGGUGGAAGGAGCUCUCCCUUUUGAUUUCCCUCUCUUCUUUUUGUAACGCCCUACCCUGCAAAAAUGCAAAGUUAGUGUGUUAUGUUGGUCCCUAGUUUUUUUUUCUUUCUGUGACGUUCCUAAAGUCUGGCCCCCACUGCUCAGGCCGGGCACCAUUUCCACUCCAGACCUCGUACAGUGCCCGCCGCGCUUUUCCUCCCCCAGCUCCCCCAUCAGAAGCUCCCAGCUCCCAGGGCAGCACAACUGCGGCUCCCCUGGGGCUCUUUGCAGGUUUCCUGGGAGGGAGGAAUGGCUCUUGGACCGUUUUAGCCCUUCGGACACUCUGAGACUUGUGCCUCCGUCCGUGUCCCGCCACAGACUGAGCUCCCAAGAGCAGGGAGCGUGAUGACCCGUGUGUGUUUCGGACCCUCAGCACGUGCUCCGUGAACGUGUGUUCUGUGUGUUGAGCAGAAAGGUUCCUACUCCCUGUGACUGAAGCUGUUUUACAAUAAAAUCUUGAAAACUCA